CUCUUCGGGAUACCACGAUUCAAGAAAUCCAGAGACAUACAGAAACAGACCCAGACCUACAAGCCUUAGCAACAAUUAUCAAAGAUGGCUGGCCUGAUACUAAAGGUAUGAUAAAGCCACAACUACAAUGCUACUACUCUUUCAGAGAAGAGUUAACUCUUUACAAUGGCGUAGUAUUCAAAGGUGAACGUAUCGUGAUACCGGCAGCACUACGCAACACAAUGAUCUCCAAACUUCACGCUAGUCACCUUGGAAUUCAAGGAUCACUAAGAAGAGCACGUGAAGCUUUCUACUGGCCUAAUAUGAAUGAGCAGAUCACUGAGUUUAUGUCCAAAUGUGAUGUAUGUAACAGUUACAAGACACAGCAAAGAAAGGAACCAAUGGUAAGCCACAACAGACCCACUAGAGCAUGGGAAAGUAUUGCUUCCGACCUCUUUGUAUUCCAUGGUAAGGAUUACCUAGUAACAACUGAUAGAUAUUCCAACUUCUUUGAAGUGGAUAGACUGUAUUCAAAGACAAGCACAGAAGUGAUAACCAAACUGAAAGCACAUAUCGCAAGAUAUGGUAUUCCCAACGAGCUCAUGACAGACAACGGUCCAAACUUCACGAGCAGAGAAUUCAAACAAUUUACUGAUAUCUACAACAUCGAGCAUGUCACAAGCUCACCAACAUAUGCCCAAUCCAAUGGCAAAGCUGAGAAUAGUGUGAAAACAGCCAAGAAUAUCAUGCAGAAAGCACUAGAUGCCCAGGCUGAUCCAUACUUGGCAUUGUUAGAUUUCAGGAAUACACCGACAGAAGGUUAUUCAACCUCACCAGCACAGAGAAUGUUAAACCGACGAACACGAACACUGUUACAAAUCUCAAACAAGUUGCUGCAACCAGAGAUACCCACAGGAGUACAACAGUCACUGAAAGUCAAUCAAGCCAAACAGGCAUUCUACUAUGACAAAACUGCGAAAGAACUGAAACCUCUUAAAGAAGGUGAUGUUGUAAGAGUAAAACCCAAAGAGUCAGAUAAGAAAUUUGUCAAAGCAAAACAACCCCAGUAUUCUACCAGAUUUGCCUCGAAAUCAGCAGCCUCAACCAAAAGUUAUACCUACGAAAGCAGUCCCAGUAUCUGCUGACAGAAACAAGCAAMAAUCCCCAGUGAUUACUCCUACAGCCACUGAGGAAUCCAUCAAGACGAGAAGUGGUCGAGUUGUUCGCAAGCCUACAUACCUAAGUGACUUUGUUACACAAUGACUUUUUGAUAGUAACCUUUGUGUAUUGUUAUUGUUGUUUAUAGUUUUCAUAUUUGUAAAAAAAGGGGGAUGUAACGGUAUUUACAGUAUCGGGAUACCUGUGUAGUCGGAGAGUUCACCAUUGUUUGUAUGUGUUAGUCCGAUUGUGAUAUUAAAGGACAAGUUAGCACAACAACACAGUGUCUAUUAACGACAGUCUAA